AUGCAGCUGCCCGAAUCCGCCUCCUGCGCGCCUCCUCUCCCCCAGCCGCCUGAUUUCCAGGUCUCGGGCCGGCUGCAAAUUCUCCAGCUUCAUUCGGGCGAGGUCGGGGAGGGCGCGGGCCUCUCACAGCUGGCGGGGUCCCCCUCCCCGGGCCGCGCUGCUCCCCAAGACUCCGACCUCGACCUCGGCCCGCUGGGCCCCAGGACGUCCCCAAAGCCGCACCCCAAGUUUUCUCCAAGUCGGGGUUUCGCCCCUGGCGGGCCGAGCGUCCCGGGGGUCCCCGCGCGGUCAGGGGCGCACGGGCCUCGGCUCCUCUGCGACAGCUGCGCGCGAUCGAUGCCCGCGCCCGCCCCGGCCCGGCCGCCAUCGAAUCCGCAGCUGAGUGCGCGGGAGCCUCGCCCUCCCCGCCUGCGGGCGCGCGCCUCAGUUUCCCUGCAGCGGCGGGGAGAGCCGGGGCUCCCUCCGGGCCUGUCCGGGCGCAGGCGGAGCUGCCUGGGGCAGGGCGCGCCCCGGGCCGGGCGCGGACCCCGCUUUCUCCCGUCCUCUGGGCGGGCGCUCCCGCCGCGCGCUCCAGGUGCAGUGCGGGAAACUGAGGCAGGGGGCUCUGGAAGGCGGGGGAGGGGCGCAGGGCAGGGGCCUCGGGACGCCCCCACCCCCCAGCCGGACCCCCCGCCCAGCGCUGCCCGCCGCUGCAGGCCCCGGCGGCCCGGGCGCAGCGAAACCCGGGUGCAGCGCGCUCCGGAGGGGCGGCGAGGGCCGCCCUGGUCAGCCCCGGCGGCCGCCCGUUGUGAAGAUGGGGUGCAGAUGGGCGCCCCCCGCGCUCCCUCGGAAGGAAAGGGGCGCGCGGAGCCGGGAGAGGGGCGCCCCGGCGCGGUGAGCCUGCAGAGGCCCCGCGGCCCGGGGUCUCGGGAGCCGGCUCUGCGCGGCCCCAGCUGGCCGGUGCCGCAGCCCGAAGUGUCCAGGCCGUGGACGGGCCCAGGACGGAGCCGCCGUGGACAGCGCCGCUCUCCAGACCCGGACACCCAGAGCCACCCCGGGGAGCCCGGACUGGGGAGCUGCACGCAGCUGGGGCCCAGCCUUUGGCUUCUGUUCCCGGAGCUCCCAAACUUGGACAGGAGAACGGUGACUGGGCUGCCACCCCCAUCCUGGCUGACUUCAGGACUGAACAGAGACGGCGAAACUGAGGCAGGCCCAGUGCAGAUGCCUCUCUCCUGCCUGGAACACUUAAAAGACCCGCAGAGUAGGAAGGAAGCAGAGGCCUGACAGAGGGGCACGCGUGCCAGUGUACCCAGCCUGCGUCACCAUUUCACAGGUGGGGAGACUGGUCUGGCUUCCACCCUGGCUAUGGAGGCUGCUGGCGCCCCGGCCCUUUCAGGUACCAUCCCCUGCAUGUUCCUGAGUGAGAGCCUGUUCUGGUAGCUUUGCCCUCACGGAGUUCAGCACUGGUGUCAGAUUUGUAAAUCCUCUUGCCCACCGGGUGGCCUUUCUGGAGCCUCAGUUUCCCCAUUCGUGCAGCAGGGAUAGAGCAGGCUUUCAGAGGGACCCGUGUGACAGGCAGAGCUGCUGAGGUCUGUGCAGGGGGAGGGCAGACAGGUGGGGGAGGAAGGCGACAGGAGGCCCCCGCCGGCAGGAUUGAUCUCAGAUCGAUCCUGGGGGCCUGGAGCCAGGGCCGCGGCUCUGGACGGAGGGAGGGGACAGAGCCCAGAGCAGACCCCAGGCCACACCUCCCUGGGCUCAGCCUCGCAGCAGACGUGGCUGGGGUGGGCCUGGGCGGCACAGGGUCCAACGGGUCGCUAAAUCAGGCAGGCUGGGCUCAGCUUGACACCCUCCUGCCUCGGCCUCCCGCAGCUCUGGGAUGCCCAGUGGGGACCCCGGAGCCAGGGCUCAGUCUCCUGCACCAACGACCGGGGCCCUGGCCGGCGGGGCCAUGGCUGCUUUGCAGGUACCUGGGAACCCGGGAAGGCAUGGUUUGGGGGGCUCUGCUGUCUCCUCCACCGCCUGGGCCGGGUGAGCUUCAAGGCCAGACUUGGCUGGACUGCCGCAGGAGAGACGGGGUUUCCCAAAGCAGCACCUGG